UGGAAGCGUACUUACUACAAAAUUUAAUCUGGUUUAACUUUUUUCCGUCUCUCAUUAACCCAUCCCCCACCCCAUCCCAAACGUUGUAUCUUAUCGCAAAAUCUACACAGACUUCGAGGUCGAUUCAAAGAAUCCUUCAGUUUCCAUAUUUGACAACCAUUAAGAUGCUGAAACAUCACAAUCUCUACGGGCAAUCGUAUGUCCAUGAGUUUCAGUUUAUGAACCCGGACUCAAUCAAACACGCCGUCAGGCGUUAUAAUAUGGAACGGGCCGCGGAGCGGGAUGAGAUCAGGAAGCAACGAGAUGCGCAUAGGCCGUGCAAGCCCCGAUUCCAUAAGAUUCGCAACACUGGCUCCGAUGUGCUCGGCAUGGUCCGGUCACGUGACCAGGAUGUCGAGACCCAAAUGUCCAAGCAGCUCUCGGAUGACAACAGUGACAGCCAGAUCGAGCAGAGCUAUUAUGACCAGCAGCAGCACCACCAGAAACGCUUGGCCGGCGGAGCAAAUACGCAGCAGAUAGCCAAGAAGAAGGUCAAAGGUCAAAGGCCGAAGCGUAGUCCAAUCAAACCCAAACAAACGGAUACGGUUACCUAUGAGGCGUGCAUUGAGGGACUGCAUCGCGAGGUGUGCGCUGAGCUGAAACAAAUGCAACAAUCCCAGCCACAGGAUCCCGCGAAAAUCAAGCGCAAAUCGAAGCAGCAAACUGGCAACCAGAAACACCAGUCCAUUCCCAGUCCGGAUAAACAGAAGAAGCAGCCGUCAAGAAGCACCACCAAUCAAUCGAGUCCCGAUUUGGUGAUGCAGCGCAUAAAACAAGCGCUUGCCGUAUCCCAUGAGGAUUAUCGAAAGCCACAGGCGCAGUGGGUGGACAUCGUACCCUCGUCCAUGAUGCACCAGAUGCCCCCGAUGUUGUUGAUGAUCUCGGAACAGCCAGGCUGUUCUGGUGAACCGGCGACCAUUGCCAACGAUCAGCAGCAGCAGCAGCAGGAAUAUGCCAUUCAUCCUGGCUACAUGCGCUACACUGAAUCAAUGCUCCAUAAUCCCAGUGAGCCAAGUGCUGGCGGCACUGUUGACAAUUCCUGCUCUAUCCAACUGCAUCCGCAUCAGCAUCCGCAGUGGUUCAGCUUAAUGCGUAGUCUACGACCAAUGAAUUAUACAUCGCAACGAUCGGAAACAGACAACUGUACGCUCCGCGAAUCCCCGGAACAGGAGCAGGAGAUGCGAACUUCCAAGGCAGUUGUUGCCCGGCAACAGUCGUCGGCCGUCGGCAGGAGUGGAAGGAGAGCAAAGCCGGCGCUAGCAAAGCAAUGCCAAACUGGUGGACGCGACAAGGUUCGGCCGCUGGGAGAGAUCUCGACGACGCUGGCAAUGAUUCCGUUGCCGAGGCGUCGCAAGACACACAACGUGAUCUGCACGCGUUCGCUGGAGAAUCUCAAGUAUCAGAAGAUUGCCAUUUACAGUAAGAUCUCAAUGACCCAGGAGCGCCUAAUUACGGCACUGGAUCGGCUGCAGGGCAGCCUCAUCCAGUUGCCAUCGUCGUUGCCAACGCAUCGCAGCCACCACAGUGGCCAGGAGAAGCAGCGACGCGAACGGAACGCAUUCAAUUUCUGCGUUCGCUUCACUCGCAACUUUUUGUAUCCGUUGCGUGGCAUGAUCGAGGAUGUGCGCAGCACACCGGUGGCUAGCUUCAACAGUGCCACCUGCAACGAUGCCAGCCAGCGGGUGGUCUGCGUCUACGCGCUGAUGCUGCACUCGAUUGGCAAAUACCAGCGGCAUAUUCGGUACUUUCUGCUGGACAAGGUGCCGCAGAAGCUGAGCGCCCUCAUCGAGAUGAUGUAUACGGUGACGACUGUGUGCUUGCAGAAGGGUGUGCUCGAUCGACAGGAUCCGGUUGUGGAGUGUCUGCAGCAGCGCUGCACCAGUUUCCUCACCCUCAUCGAGGACAUGCAGGAGGAGCGAUUCCUGAUGGCCCGCGAGACCUACAGGCACCUGCAGCGGCGCAUCCAAGGCCCGAAUCAUGCUGCUGGCCAGCAUCAUCGCUACGAUCUCAAGAUGUGCCUCAACGAUCUGAAGCUGUACGAGCCGCGCCUGGUGCCCAAGGAGCGGACGACAGAGAAGCGUCGUCGUCGUGCAUCGUUGCAAGUCCGCAAGUCGAAAGUGCUUGCGGUGCCGAACUGCGACCAAUCCCAGCCGGGGCCAAUCGAAAUAUCACAGUCUGAAAUGCAGCUGGAGCAGCGCAACAUCGACAAGGUGAACACGCACAUCGAGUGCGUUCAGUGCGGCGAUUAUUGCAGCGAGGAGCCGGAGCCGGAACCGGAACCGGAGCCCAGCGAGAAUGCUCAGCAGCAUCAGCUGACAAACAUAAUGGAAUUGCUGAAGCAGUCGGGACACGGGAAACGUGAGCUGCAUAAACAGCUCCUCGAGGCCAUGGAGCAUGUGACCAAGUCACAGGUGCGCGAGGUUCUCGAUCCCCUUGUCCGCUCCUUGGGUGCCAUGCUGGAUAAAAAGAUGCAGCGCAACCAAUAUUAGCAACAAGCAACAAGCAACAAGCAAAAACGAAAACAAAAUCGGACAACAACAUUUUCGACAAACCAAAUUAUUAUGUAAAAUCAACUAACUAAAAUAAUCCACAUGCACAUCACGUAUAUAUGUAUGAAUAUGAAUGUAUGGUGUGUGUUUGAUUCAUUUUGGAGGAUCAAUAAAAUGUAUGAUUUGGAUCGCA